AUGAAACUAAACCUCAUACUAUUCCUGUCCCUGAUCAUUUUCUCAUUUCUCUUCCUUGUGGUCUUUUAUUUUCAAUAUCAACAUCAAAUACGGAUAGAGAGUGAUUACACACUCCGAUUAGUUGAAAAACAAGUUUCGAAUAUAAAACCAACGAACAAACUAAAUGCACGAGUAUUUCCGAUAACUUUUAUGAGUGCAGAUUUGGAGAAUUUAUUUUUAUCUCGAAUAUUGAAAUCUAAUUGUCAAGUUUUCUUGGCUUCAUACUAUAGUUUUAAUUCUUUAGGUGGAAUUCUUCCAACUUUUAUUGGAAAGGAGAAGAAAAGUUACAUUUAUGGUCACGGUAAAAAAUAUUACAUUUUGGAACAAUUUCUGAAUAGCAAAUCUUCAUCCUAUAUCAAAGAUGAUGAUUUCAUCUUCUUUGCUGAUGGAAUGGAUGUAAUGUUUUAUGAUAAUUUACAAAGAGCUGUGGAAAUUUAUAUUUCCUAUUUGAGAUUGGAAGGAUUUGAUGUGGAGAGAGAUAGAGAAAAGGAUUGGCCGAUAUUGUUCAAUGCUGAGAAGAAUAGACAUCCAUUUCCAAGAAAUUUCUAUCAAUUUAUUAAGAAUUUGGAUAUUAAAAUUUUAAUUGAGAAAUAUGUUCGUCAACAAAAUUAUCCAAAGAAGCCAUAUUGUGCUCCAUCCACUUUCAACUUUAUUAAUUCUGGAGUUUAUAUUGCAAGGAAACGAGAUGUCAAAAGUUACUUGAGAACAAUAUUUGAAAAAAUUGUAAAGGAUCCAAAAUUCCUCGAUAAUGACGAUCAAGGAAUAGCCCAUUAUGUACACAUAUCCAAUUCAUAUCAUCCAGUCUACCCAAUCAUGACUGAUUGUAAUCUUGCUCUCUCAAUAACUACCUUCAACUCGUGUGAAAUCUUCAGAUCCAAUGAUGGAGCCACUUGUCAAGUUGCAGAUCCAAUUAAUGGAGCAAGACCCAUUUCAAUUCAUAGUGCAGGAUUGGGAUGCAAACAAUUUUGCCCCUGUCUCUCCACUAGUGUGAAUCAAAGUCCAUUAUCGAAUUCAAUCACUUCUACUGAUUUACAUGAUUUGAAAAAGGAUUUUGGAGUAAUUGUCUAUGAUAGUGAUCAUGAUUCGAUAACCAUUCGGCCAGUAUUGGAAUUUUGUGGAAAGGAGACAUUGUUUAAUAUCGAACAAGAUAAGUGCGUCUAUAAGAAUUAUUGA